GUUAGCUAACGUCAACGUUACGGUGUUGACUGCUAGCUCACGUUAGCUCGCUGUGCUACUCAUUCUGCCCCGCUGCGUAUCAUAGCAAAGUUGUCAACAUGUUGCAGUAAGUAAUGCACCGAGUGCUGAUAUUAUUAAUGGCCAUGGGGGGGGCGCAAGGAUGCCCCAAUUCAGAGAGCUGCCCACCGCAGACGCCCAAUAUCACCUCCAAGGACUUCUGCUACUCUGCUCGAAUUCGCAGCACAGUGCUCCAGGGCUUGCCUUUUGGUGGGGUUCCUACUGUCCUGGCCCUUGACUUCAUGUGUUUUUUGGGGCUGCUGGCUGUGUUCUCCUUCUUGAGAAAAGUAGCAUGGGACUACGGACGCCUCGCUCUGGUGACUGACGCUGACAGAAGAAUGGAUCAACGGUACAGCCGCCUGGAUGAUCGGGACUACGUGGCCUCUGCCUUGACAUCAGAUACGGCUGAACGCUAUGAGCGCCUCACUUCAGUGUCCAGCUCUGUGGAGUUUGAUCAGAGAGACACAGGCUUCUGCUCCUGGCUAACUGCCAUUUUCCGCAUCAAGGAUGAAGAGAUAAGGGAGAAGUGUGGUGAGGAUGCAGUACAUUACUUGUCCUUUCAGCGCCACAUCAUUGGCCUGCUGGUAGUGGUGGGCGUGCUGUCUGUGGGCAUCAUCUUGCCCGUCAACUUCUCGGGAAACCUACUUGAAAACAAUGCCUAUAGUUUUGGGCGAACUACUAUAGCAAAUUUGAAUGCAGAUAAUACACUACUGUGGCUGCACACCACCUUUGCAUUUCUCUACCUGUUACUAACGGUGUACAGCAUGCGGCGACACACCUCCAAGAUGCACUACAAGGAGGAUGACUUGGUGAAACGCACUUUAUUCGUCAAUGGAAUCUCCAAAUACGCAGAGGAGACUGAGAUAAAGCAACACUUUGAGCAGGCGUAUGAAAACUGUGCUGUACUGGAAGCACGUAUAUGUUACAAUGUGGCCAGACUGAUGUAUCUCAACUCUGAAAGGAAGAAGACCGAGCGCAGCAAGAAAUUCUUCCUUGACUUGCUGGCCAAGGAGCAUAUUACCACCAUGAUCAAUCCAAAACCCUGUGGACACCUUUGCUGUUGCAUCAUCAAAGGCUGUGAGCAGGAAGAGGCAGUGGGCUACUAUACAAAGCUGGAGGCGCAGCUAAAAGAUGACUACCGGAAGGAGAGAGAAAAGGUUAACAGGAAGCCCCUAGGAAUGGCCUUUGUCACCUUCCAGAAUGAAUCCAUAACUGCCACAAUCCUAAAAGACUUCAAUGCUUGCAAGUGUCAGGGCUGUCAGUGUCGUCAGGAGCCUAAAAGCUCUCCAUUCAGCGCCAAGCUCCACACGCACAACUGGACCGUCAGCUACGCCCCUGAUCCGCAAAAUGUCUACUGGGAGCAUCUGUCAGUGGGUGGAUUCUCCUGGUGGCUCCGCUGCUUAAUCAUCAAUCUUGUCCUCUUCCUCCUCCUCUUCUUCCUCACCACCCCGGCCAUCAUCAUCUCCACAAUGGACAAGUUUAAUGUUACCAAACCAGUCGAGUACCUAAAUAAUCCAAUCGUCACCCAGUUCUUCCCCACCCUUCUUCUGUGGUCCUUCUCCGCCUUACUUCCGACCAUUGUCUACUAUUCUGCCUUCUUUGAAGCCCAUUGGACCCGGUCAGGAGAGAACAGGACCACGAUGCAUAAAUGCUACACCUUCUUGAUCUUCAUGGUCCUGUUGCUGCCCUCCCUAGGACUCAGCAGUUUGGAUGUUUUCUUCCGCUGGCUUUUUGACAGAAGAUUCUUGGCGGAUGCUAAAGUGAGAUUUGAGUGCGUGUUCCUUCCUGACAACGGAGCCUUCUUCGUGAACUAUGUCAUUGCGUCUGCAUUCAUUGGUAAUGCCAUGGACCUGCUGAGGAUCCCCGGUCUACUUAUGUACAUGAUCCGCCUUUGCCUGGCCCGCUCUGCAGCAGAGAGGAGGAACGUCAAGAGGCACCAAGCCUAUGAGUUCCAGUUCGGGGCAGCUUAUGCCUGGAUGAUGUGUGUCUUCACUGUGGUAAUGACCUACAGCAUCACCUGCCCAAUCAUUGUCCCGUUUGGCCUGAUGUACAUGCUGCUAAAGCACCUUGCAGACAGGUACAACAUGUACUACGCCUACCUGCCAUCCAAAUUGGACAAGAAGAUCCAUUCUGGAGCUGUCAACCAAGUUGUGGCUGCUCCUAUUCUUUGUCUCUUUUGGCUCCUGUUCUUCUCCACUGUUCGCUCGGGAUUUAGAGCUGCCACAUCCAUGUUCACGUUUGUAGUUUUGAUCAUCACAAUCAUCAUCUGCCUCUCUCACGUCUGCUUCGGGCACUUUAAAUAUCUAAGUGCUCACAACUACAAGAUUGACACCCUGGCGGUGGACGGGUUGGAGAACGGGCGCCCAGUGUGCCCUACUGCCGCCAACAAGGCAGCACAAAUGUACAUUGCUCAGGUACUUCAAGACCCAAAUACAGAAGAGGCAGGUUCAGGCAGCGGCGAGGACGACGGCCAGGGUUCCUCGCAGGACGAGGAAAUAAUCAAUGUCCAAAAUGGCCUGAAUGAGGACUUCCAGUCUGGUGAGGACAGCCUCAUUGAUAAUGAGGUCCGGCACUGAUACUGCCUGGAACAAAAGAAAAAAAAAAAUCCCCUUAGUUUUACUUGAGGAGUGCACUGAAUAUGUGAAUUAAACUAGGAACUGAACCAACAGUUCUCCAAAGCAUCUCAACCUCCAUCGAGGGACUUGACACUAACAUAAGCACACUGUCUACUAAGGAUUGGAUGGAUUGUCGCUCAAGGACUCUUGCAUUUCCUUCACUGGAUCUCACCAAACCACAUCUUCUCUCUGUAUAACUGCAGAGGGAAUCUACUCUGACAAUGCAAGGCCAGCAACAUCCCUCUGCCCCGAUAUAUAUAGCUGCGGCACACCCAAAAAAACACUGCACAUGAACCCAUGAAAGAAAGACAUUAAUGCACAAAUGAAGAAUAGUUUGCCUUGUUUUUGUAACGGAAGGGAUAUUCUGUCUGUAUUUUCUUUAAACAUUAUUGCACUUGAAAGAGAGGAACUGUCCCAUAAGCUCAAGUUUCACUGAGGUACUGUAGUACAGCAUGCCUUCAAGUUCAAAUGGUGGAGGGAUUUUUCUAUAAUCCUUAGCCAGUAUCUCUAAUUAUUUAAUGCUUCCCCUGAAUAAGCAGCUGAUGCAAUAGGAGACCAAGAGAGGAGUUUUC